AUUCUGCUCUUGUUGGUCCCGCUCGCUCGCUCGCUCUGUUUCUCUCUUUCCCGACAACCACGACAUGGAAAGUGCAGGGGCACUCGAUGUGCGCAACGUUACAACCAUCGGCCACGUCGAUCAUGGCAAAACAACGCUCAUGGAUGCGCUGCUCGCUGCAAAUAAUAUCAUCUCGUCUCGUAUGGCCGGUAAAAUACGUUACCUGGACAGCCGUGAGGACGAGCAGGAGCGAGGCAUUACUAUGGAGAGUAGUGCAGUGUCCCUCAGAUUUAAGGUUAUGGAGAAGACGGCGGAAGGAGGAAGCUCUCCAAAGACAUAUGUCGUGAACAUGAUCGAUACGCCAGGUCAUGUCGACUUCUCGAGUGAAGUUUCAACUGCCUCCAGGCUGUGCGACGGUGCUCUUGUCUUGGUCGAUGUCGUAGAAGGCGUAUGCACGCAGACCAUCACUGUGCUAAGGCAAGCAUGGCAAGACAGAUUGAAGCCCAUCCUCGUUAUAAACAAAUUUGACCGACUCAUUACGGAACUCAAGCUCGCGCCUAUAGAAGCAUACCACCAUCUGUCCGACCUGAUAGAGCAGGUGAAUGCCGUCAUGGGCAGUUCUUUCGCGGGGGAACGAAUGGAAGAUGACUUGCGGUGGCGAGAAGAACGCGAACGUCGUCUCGCUGCCAAGAAAGAAGAGUAUGCCGAAGAGGUCGAUGCCAUCGUUAACGAAGCAGAGGAAUACGAAGAGAAGGACGACGAGGACAUCUACUUUGCUCCGGAGCGUGGCAAUGUGAUCUUUGCAUCGGCAAUUGAUGGCUGGGGUUUCCGCAUCGGCAAAUUUGCGCACCUAUAUGCAGUCAAGCUGGGCAUCAAGGAGGCAAACUUGCGAGCCGUCCUGUGGGGUGACUUCUACCUCGACCCAAAGACGAAACGGAUCAUCAGUCACAAGCAUUUACGAGGUCGUAACUUGAAGCCACUGUUCGUGCAGUUUGUUCUUGAGAACAUUUACGCUGUCUACGACGCCGUCGUGACUAAUCCAAAUCCUGACAAGGUUACAAAGAUUGUGGCCGCAUUAAACCUCAAAAUUCCCCCACGCGAAUUGAAGUCCAAGGAGACAAAACAGUUGCUAGGACUGAUAUUCUCGCAGUGGUUAUCUCUCUCAUCUUGUGUCAUCCAAUCUAUCAUCGAUGUCGUCCCUCCCCCGCCGACAGCUCAGCGCACCCGUAUCCCGAAGAUGCUGUACCCAGACUUGUACGAGACGACCGUUGAACCCAAAAACAAGCUCGAAGAAAAUCUUUACUCUUGCGAUGCAUCCCCUGGAGCCUCUAUCACUGCGCUCGUCAGCAAGAUGUUUGCGGUGCCCACUGAGGAGCUGCCCGAGAACAAACAGAAGCCAGCUACAGCAGAAGAGCUACGUGCGAAAGCCAAGGCGGCACGUGAGGCACGUGAGGCGCGGAAGGCAGCCGAGAAUGACCAAGAGGAUAAGCCCACUGAUGUCGAGUCGACGCCGCUGGAGGUUGCACUUGAUAAGAUGCGCGUCGAGGAUCCAAGUGUUGAAGUGAAUCUCGAGCGCGGCGAGACUUUGCUUGGAUUCGCACGCAUAUACUCUGGUACGAUUCGCAGCGGCACCCGUAUCGCGUGCAUCCUGCCGAAGUACCAGAACAGCUUGGGUCCGAGCCAUUCGAGGAAUGAACGGCAUGUAGUCGUCACCGAGGUCGAGGGCCUGUAUGUCAUGAUGGGCAGAGAGCUCGUCCCCGUGGAGAGCGUGGGCGCUGGGAAUGUCUUCGCCAUCAAAGGUUUGGAGGGGAAGGUCUGGCGGAAUGCGACUUUGUGCGCGCCAAGCAACCAGGGUGUCGGUGAGAACCCUGACCUGUCCAGCCUCAAGGAGUGUCUCGUCAAUCUUGGCGGCGUGGCCCGCAUGGCCGCGCCGAUCGUCCGCGUCGCCCUGGAACCUGAGUCUCCAGCGGAUAUGCCAAAACUGAUAAGUGGCCUGAAGUUGCUCGCCCAAGCGGACCCUUGCGUCGAGACCUUCCAGCAGCAGACUGGAGAGCACGUCAUCCUGACCGCCGGCGAGCUGCACUUGGAGCGAUGUUUGAAAGAUCUACGAGAGCGAUUUGCAAAGAUCGAGAUCCAAGCUUCCAAACCUAUCGUCCCCUUCCGCGAGACGGCCGUGAAAGGAGUUGAAAUGGCUCCCCCCAAGUCGGGCAGUGCAAAGCGAGGCACAAUUCAGAGUGCUGCUGCGCACAACUUGCUCAAGUUCACCAUCCGCGCCGCCCCACUCCCGAAGUCCAUCUUCGAUUUCCUCCGCGACAACCUCGCUCUACUACGACGUAUGAGGCAGGAACGCGCGUCGCGCGAAGAAGAUCCCUCGCGGCCGUCGUCACCUUCACGUGGCGCAGAGGAGAAUAAUGGCGAGGAAAAUGACGAAAGGAAUUACGACGAGACGGAUGACCUCGAUGAGGUCGACCUCCAGGGUGAGGUGCUCAAGCGACCGAGCAUCCGCGCAGAGGACUUCUGGCCUGCGUUUGAAGCGAAGUGCAAGGAGGUCGGCGGCGAGUGGGAGGAUGUUCCCGAGCGGCUGUGGGCGUUUGGGCCGCAGAAGGCUGGGACGUGUCUGUUGGUAGACGCGAGGCCUGGGCAGCCGACGUCAUUCAGGAAGCGGCUCGCGAAGGAGAUGGAUAGGCAGAAGGACCAGGACCGGACGGACCGCGACUUUGAAAAUCACCUCGAGACCGGCUUUCAGCUGGCAUCGUUCCAAGGACCGCUGUGCGCUGAGCCGAUGGAGGGAUUAGCCUUCUUUGUCGAAAGCCUUGAGAUUGACCGGUCGGGCAUCGAGACUGAGCAAGAACACAACAGAAUGGCACAGGUGACGGGUUCGUUCAUCUCUACGGUCAGGGACGCCUGUCGAAAUGGACUCUUGGACUGGUCGCCCCGGCUGAUGUUGGCAAUGUACGAGUGUGACAUCCAGGCAUCUACUGAUGUUCUCGGGAAGGUUUAUGGUGUCGUUGCAAAACGCAGAGGCCGCAUUGUCGCAGAGGAGAUGAAGGAAGGCACAGCCUUUUUCACUGUUCGCGCGCUACUUCCUGUAGUUGAAAGUUUCGGCUUCGCCGACGAGAUACGAAAGCGCACAUCCGGCGCCGCGAGUCCGCAGCUCAUUUUUGCGGGAUACGAGAUGCUGGACCAAGAUCCGUUCUGGGUGCCGACGACGGAAGAGGAACUCGAAGACCUCGGCGAGAAGGCGGACCGCAUAAACGUCGCGAAGGCAUACAUGGAUGCUGUCCGUGGGCGCAAAGGUCUAUUUGUCGACAAGAAAAUUGUUGAGUUUGCCGAAAAGCAGAGGACACUCAAGCGGUAAGAUGGACCAAGUUGGUGUAUAUGCGGGCUGUAGUGUAUUGGAUAACAGUUGUAUUAUAAUCAUAUUUCAGGGCUGAGUAGUCAUCGCCGUCAUGACCUGGUACGGAACACAAGCAGACUUGUAGAUGAACAUCGUCAAAACGUAGGUCUGCUAGACAGGUUGCUGACAUAGAGCCUCAGAUCCACACUGAAGACCCGACCACGGACGUCGAGCCUCCCUUCCGGAGCUCCUUUAUCACGCGUUGAAAUUCAUUCGCUCAACGGAGG